UAGUAAGUAAGGACACAUGCCAUAACGUUACUCCUUCUGAGUCUGAGUGUUGUUCGAGAAAUGAAUUCACAAUUGUCCGCCAUGUCCUUUUCCACCAAAGCUUUCAUCCUCUACCUCAUAUCCGCUUUCUCCAUUGCCCUUCUCUCCGCACUUUUCCUCAAUUACAAACCUUCUUCCCUCAAUAAUUAUUCCCUUCCACUCCGUUACGGAUCCAUAACCGAUAAACUUUGGCCCGAAUUGAAGGUUAGUUGGAGACUUGGUUUGGCCACACUUAUUGGUUUUUUAGGAUCCGCUUUUGGAACCGUUGGUGGUGUUGGUGGUGGUGGCAUUUUCGUUCCUAUGCUUACUCUUAUUAUUGGUUUUGAUACUAAAUCUGCUGCUGCUCUUUCCAAAUGUAUGAUAAUGGGAGCAUCAACAUCUUCUGUAUUUUAUAACCUAAGAGUGCGUCAUCCAACAAAAGAAGUUCCAAUAUUGGAUUAUGAUUUAGCUCUUCUUUUUCAACCUAUGCUCAUGCUUGGUAUUACUGUUGGUGUUGCUCUUAGUGUUGUUUUCCCUUACUGGCUCAUCACUGUUCUCAUCAUUAUUCUCUUCAUAGGAACUUCAUCAAGGUCUUUCUUUAAGGGAACUGAGAUGUGGAAAGAAGAGACUCUUCUCAAAAAAGAAAUGGCCAUGGCACAAGCAACUUUUGUUAAUUCUCGCGGGGAACUUCUAAUCGACACAGAAUAUGAUCCAUUAGUACCUAGAGAAGAGAAGUCACCUAUGCAAAUAUUUUGUUCCAACCUUAAGUGGAAAAGAAUUUUGGUGUUAAUGGUUGUUUGGGUUUCUUUCCUACUACUUCAAGUCAUUAAGAAUGAUGUAAAAGUCUGCAGUGUAUGGUAUUGGGUCCUUUUCUCCUUACAGUUUCCUAUUGCACUAGUGGUGUUUGGCUAUGAAGCAAUGAAGUUGUACAAGGAUCACAAAAAGAGGAUGAGUACAGGAAAUCCAGAAUCUAUCUGUGAAGCUUCAAUUGAAUGGACUGCAUUGCACAUUAUCUUUUGUGCACUUUGUGGAAUCUUAGGUGGGACCGUUGGAGGGUUACUUGGUUCUGGAGGUGGAUUCAUUUUGGGCCCUCUUCUCAUUGAGAUUGGUGUCAUCCCUCAGGUUGCUAGUGCAACAGCAACAUUUGUAAUGAUGUUUUCGUCAUCAUUGUCUGUGGUUGAAUUCUAUCUACUCAAGAGAUUCCCUAUUCCCUACGCAAUAUACCUUUUCACAGUGUCUGUUUUGGCUGGCUUUGUGGGACAAUUAUUUGUAAGAAAAUUGCUUAGAAUUCUUGGAAGAGCCUCAAUCAUUGUAUUCAUCCUCUCAGGGGUCAUUUUUGCUAGUGCUCUCACCAUGGGUAUUAUUGGCAUUGAGAAGAGCAUUCAUAUGAUCCAGAACCACGAGUUUAUGGGAUUUUUAGGCUUUUGUAGCAGUCAAUGAUUUAUAAGAUGUAGUGCACAAUGUGAAAAUAGCUUGUAUAAAUUUCAAGGUAGGACAAAAGCAGCUUGAUGAAUGUUGGUCAAUAUCUAGUUGACCGUCAAGAAGAUUCAUUUUCUUCAAGUAAUAAUAAAUAAGGCAAAGUUGUCCAAUCAUCUUUGAAGCAGCACCAUUUGUAGUUGAGUGUUAACUACUGGUUAACACUUUUCUUCUCAUAACAGUGCAGCAUUUGUGUGAUAAUUUUUUUUUUGAAAAAAAAAAAGAUUGUGUUGUGUAGUCAUUUAAUGAGUCUGUAAAAGAAGCUUGUGAAUUAAGGGUGUAGGACAAGAAGCUUGUGUAUUUAUUCAAAUCAAUGUUUAUAUGUGGUCAAUUUCUUGUUGGCCAUGUUGAAGGUCCUUUUCUUUCUUUAUUCAAUAAAUAAGGUGUAAUUGUCUUCCUUUGUAAGAAUUUGAGGUUUGAUUGUUAGCUACUUGCUAACACUCUUCUUCUCAUUACAGUGUAUCCUUUGUUUGUGUGUGGUAUUCAUUCACUUGGCAGAAUAUUUGAAAUUAUAUAUUGGGCCUA